UUGCUCCAAGCGCGCCACAUCGCCGCCGCUCGCCACACCACGAGCACGUUCGCGCCAAUUUCUGACAGCAGCUGUCAAACGAUUUAUUUUUAAUUUACGCGCGUGUCCGCGAGUGUUAUUAAAACUUUUUUUUUAUCCUGAGAAGGACCUAUUAUUUGCCAGUGUUACCUGAACUUAAAGUUUUGACACAUCAGCAGAGAUGGAACACCACGACAUGCACCACGACUGCGACGGCGACGGCGGCCACGGACACUCGCACGCCAUGGUGUUCCACGCCGGCGUGAACCAGGAGAUCCUGUUCAACGGAUGGGUGACCACCAACGCGUUGGAGCUGUUCGGCUCGGCCGUCGCCAUCUUCCUCGCCGGCGUCCUCUACGAAGGACUCAAGUACUACAGAGAGGCGUUGUACGUGAGCUCGACGACAGUGACCGGGGACUCCCAGGUCAACAUCGCGAAGAACGAGUGCGGCACCAACACCAACUGCAGAGGACCUACCGUUGUCAAGUACACGAUGCUAUCGGGCGGCCACUUCAUACAAACAGGUUUCCACAUAGUGCAGUCGACGUUCUCAUACAUCCUCAUGUUGAUAUUCAUGACGUAUAACGUGUGGCUAUGCAUGGCUCUGGUGCUGGGCAUGGGGCUCGGCUACUUCUUCUUCGGCUGGCGGAAGAGCUCCGUCGUCGACUCCAACGAACACUGCCAAUGAUCCACGGACUCGCCACCGAGGGUUUUAAAAGCCAGGACGUAUAGAUCAACAUCUUUUCCCUGUUUUGAAUGAUCUUGAAGACAAUUUUUCGAAAAUAUGAGGCAAAAGCCUCAUAUUUUCAAACGCCAAAAGGCUUGAAACCCUUAUCAUGAACAUUUGUACAACACUACAUCAAUAUUGAAUUGAAAUUAAGUACCUAUCAAUGAGUAUUUACGAGGUAUGUAGCUAGUAAGUUUAAACUGACUCCCUUACUAAUAAUAAUUUCCAUGGGCAUUGAACACUGAGAAGACAUUUCCUUACAAAAUGCCAUUUUGAAAGUGCUCAAAGCUCAUGUAACUCUAUCAGUAAGGGGAAAUGCAAUCAGUUUACAUAGUGCUGUAACCUUUUUAUUUCAAGUACCUAAAUUAGUAGAUAAUAAGUACUAUAGUACCUAUAGUCUUGCCAUUCCAUUUAUUAUGACCUAUUUUAUGAGUUAAAUUGUUAAAAGAUUUUCUUAUUCUAAAACCUUUUGAAUUGUUUAACUCAAUCAUCAAAUUUGUUCGACUACACUUUGUAGCAGAGGCAAUAUACUAUUUGCACUUCCAUUUCUUCACUGAAUAAACAUAAAGUUUAGGUACCUACUUUUAAAUACCGUGGUUUAAGUCCUUAUUGUCGUCGUCACUACCUUUAUAAAUAUUAAAACUUAUUCAUUAAAAAUACCUAAUUUAAAUUCAUUAAUUACCAUUAUUUAUUGACAUUAAUAUUAUCUACUGUCUGAGAAAAAUAAAUUUGGAUUUUCUACCCAGUAAUUCCUGUGCCAUUUCUAAUCAAAAAAGAUAAACAUGUCUCUUCUUUUAUGUCAAAAACAUUAUACCUACAAUAAGGGGCAGUAAUUAGCCCCUUAUUGCUUUAAAGUAAGAAAAUAUCAUCCAAACUAGAAUUGCUUUUUAUCCAGAUUUGUACCGAAAGUUAGGAAACUGGAAAUAUAGCUCAAGCCAAUCAAUUUCACUGUACUAGCAAAAUUUAUCAUGACCAGCUAUGAGUCCACGGGCUAAUUACUGCAUGUAUUAUUAUAAGUAUUAAUGACAAUAUUGACAAUUAUUUUAUAUUCUUUAUCUUUAAUGUAGGUACAAUAUGCGAUAAGUUUCCAUUAUUUCGUGGACCUGUUUGCACCUUAUUGUAAGUUCAAAAUUAAAUUGAAGAAUUUGGAAAAAUGUGAUAAUUACAUUAUGUAUGUAGAUUAUAAGUUUA